GGCAGUCUCGGGUUUCUGCACAAGAUGGGAGACUUCCAUGGUCUUUUGUCAUCUGCCAGCUGCCAGAGACACCGCCCCCAGUGCAAUUCUUCCCGAGUAUUAACACGACAUUGCCAUGGUGUACUACGGUGCGCUGAGCCGGGGCUGCCAGCAAUGCCGCCAACGCAAAGUGAAGUGCGACCAGCGGAAGCCGGCGUGUCUGAGAUGCGAGAAAGCGAAGACCAAAUGUCCGGGGUUCCGGAACCUCGGCGAUGUCAUGUUCCGCGACGAGUCUCGACGAAUCAUCGCCAAGGCAAAGCUCGAAUACGGCCAAAGCAAACCCCCAGACGCAACCAUCAACCUCCCCGUCUGUGUGCCAUGUCCGAGUACCAUGCCCCGCACUAUCACUCCUCCCAUCCGUGAGCAAGCAGUCUCUUUCUUCUUCGCCAAGUAUGUCUGGGACGGGCCUCCGUUCACACCAGGGUAUAGCGGUUGGCUGGCCGAUACUUACCGCCAGAACACACCCAACUGUGCAAUGAGAGCAACCAUUGAGGCGGCUGGCAUGGCCGGCUUAUCGAACGUCUACUAUGCGCCCCAUGUGGCCGCGCAAUCCAGAGCUCAGUACGGCCGAGCCCUGGCGGCCCUGAAGCAGACCCUCAACGACCCCGUCACUUCAAUUGCCGAUACCACGCUCAACACUGUGCUCUUGAUGGGUCUUUUCGAGUUUGUAACAUUUGACAGCUGGGAUCGCAAACGGGCUUGGGCCGCCCAUAUCGACGGCGCCAAUGCCCUGGUGCAGCUCCGAGGUCAGGCUCAGUUUCAAAGUGAGCGCGGAAACCAGCUAUUCUCUCAAGUUUGUUCGCAAAUCUCACCCUGGAACUCGGCAAAGCAGCUAUACGCAUGUAUGCAGCACGACCUGGCGGCCCCCGAAGCCAUUGUUCAAAUAGCCGACGAACUCAAAGCGGCCAGCGAGCAAGCCAAGGAGUACCAAGAUCGUCCGCGCCACAUGCGUAAUAUUUGCUUCCGUUUCCUGCACCUCCGCUCGGCAAUAAGAAGUAGAGAGAUAACAGACCCGGAAUCAAUAUUUCAGGCUGCCGCCCAACUCGACCGUGACCUGGAGGUGUGGAGGAAGAAGCAGUUGGAACCAGCUUUCAGUUAUAUCACAAUUCCCACGGCCGCGGCUACGGUUGAUUCGGACUGCACCGACACACGUUCAAAUAUGGUCUUCCUGGGUCGCCGCCACAUCUAUGUCAACCCCUGGACUGCGCAAACCUGGAGCAACUGGCGAACCAUGCGCAUCCUAACCAACCAGAUAAUCAUCUACCAUCAUGGUGAUAAACAGCAGCAAGGCCAGACUGCUAAUGCGGUCACGGCUGCCGCUCGUCUGGUUCACCACCUAUGUGACGAGAUCUGCGUGUCGGUGUCUAGUUUUGAAAACGGUCCACGCACCGUCUGUCUUAUCUGGCCGCUCUC